UCACGACGUGUAUUAGUGUGUGUCAGACACUACCGAGCUCCACCAUGGAUCCGAGCUCCACUCCUCCCAAGCUCUCCCUCUACUGGCUUCCCAGCCAGCGGCCAGAGCCACCUGGCAUGGCGACACCGCCUCCCGGGCUUCCGGUCUCCGUUCCCUUCCUGUGGGAAGAAUCUCCGGGGAAGCCGAGGAAGCAACCCACCCUUGGCGCCGGUGCCAUCCGGAGUUUGGACCUGCCUCCUAGAUUGGUGGUGGCUGCGGAGAUCAAAUUCGAUAAGACGACGCUGUCGCCCACCACAGUUCUCGACGGCCCAGAGCGGUCGUCCCGGGCCAUGCCACUCGGCUCCUGCUACUCUUGUUCCUUUGGAGAGGGAAGGACCGUCGUCAACAUGGGAGGUAGGAAGAAGGAAGGAGUGGCAUGGUUUUGGAGGAGGGGAAGUGCGAGGAAGGUGACGAGGGAGGGAAACAGCUGGGAGAUGAGCUUGGAAGGGCUGACAGAGAAGGGUAUCGCUUGCUCCUCUAUGCCUUCUUCUUCUUCUUCUUUUUCUUCUUCUUGCAAGCUUGGUGGAGACUAUGAGAAUGAGGUUGUAGAGGAGGGGAAGGUGAGGAUCACAAGGCUGAGGAGGAACAGAAGUAUUGCAAGUACAUCCACCUCUCAUCUCUGGGGAAGCAUUUAUAGCAGCCUGAAGAAGGUGUUGCCGAUGGCAGGGAGAAGGGAGCGCAAGGUUUGAAGUUCUCAAAACAACUGACGACAAUCCUCGAUGUACCAGUCGAUCUUUGUGGGAGGCAUUCUGCGGUGUUCUUCAACCUUCAUAUAUCUGUUCUAUAUAAGGCUUUUGUAUAUGCAUAUGAUCACUAUGCACUGAAGGAAUUGUAUCAGUUUUCAGUAAAUAUGGCAACAUCUUUCUUUCUUUCA